AUGAAUAAUAAAAAUAUUAUUAUUAUUUUAUUUAUUUUAUUUUAUAUUGGUAAAAUCAAAUCAUAUGAAGAACCCUAUAUUAUUAAUGUUGAUUUCAAAAAUAGCACUGGUAAUUUAUUAAACUAUAAUGAAUGUAAUUCAUGUAGCUAUUCCGGUAAAUGCUCCUAUUGUCCAAGUAUUAAUUAUGGAAGUGAAUUGGGAAGAGUUUUAGAGAAAAAUAAUAAAAGAAUUACAUUUUAUUUAAUUACUGAUGAACCCAAUAUGAUGAUUAGCGAUGAUGAAUAUUUCGGGGAGUUACCUCAAAUAUGUCAACUUCAGAUUAUUGUUGCUAAUAGUCAUAAUUUACCAACCAAUAGAAUUACAAUUAAUGGUCAAAAUAAAAACCAAAGCUUUAUUUCAUUGGGCUAUGAUAAUAGAACUGAUAGUGCGUGUAUCAACGGGUUACUAGAAAUUCAAGGUUUAGACUUUAUAAACUGGAUGACGGAUCUUGAAAUUAUUAGAUAUAAUAUCAUUAGAUUCAGUACAAUUAGAUUUUUAACGGUAAAUUUCGAAAACUCCAAAAGUCUUUUAAGAAACCACUAUUUAGAUAAAACAAUAUAUAUAAAUAACUCCACAAUAGAAUUCUCAAACUGUGUAAUGACUUUUAACAAUGUAAAUAUAGAUAAAGAUUUUACACAUUUGUUAUGUAGCAAUGAUAGUGAUAUCACAAUUAUGAACAGUAAUAUUAACUUUACUGACUCUAUUGAUCAUCAUGGUUAUAAUCUUAGAUAUAUCACCCAAAAUUCGGUUUUUUCAAAAGAAAUAACAUCAGGCCAACCUUUUUGUAAUAUAAUAAAUGGAAAUAAAACAUGUGGUGAUCAAAAUAAUAAUGAUAAAAAAUUAAUUAUUAAUGAUGGUGAUGGUGACAAUAAUACUGGUAAUAAAAUUAAUAAUAAAAGAAAAAUAACCAUAGUAAUCACAACCAUUUUAUGUUCAUUUUUAAUAAUCGUCAUAGUAGUAAUUGUCAUAAUUAAAAGCAAAUUAAAAUCUUUAGAAAGAAAAAGAAAAGAAAAUAGAAAUCAAGAAUAUUCUGAAGAAAAUUUCAUGGAUGAUGCCAGUGCUAGAGCCGAUAAAAUGAGUGUUGUUGGAACUGUAGAAUCUGAUAAAAAACUAAUGACAACCGUUGGUGAACUAAAAUAA